AUGUCGUCGACGAUUAUUUUUAAAAAUCCCGAAGAGCCGUCAGAUGCUGACAAUGAUUCCGACACAGACAACGAUGACUCUCCUAAGGAGCUCAUUCAACCCCAAGGAACGGCACGAAAAGUGAUUGACAAUACGCAGUUUACGCAAUUCAUGAAAGAUCACCAACAAAAAAUAUUCGGCUCCAUCCCGGCCAUGAAGGAUGAAGCAAAGUCUAUGCAUUUUCUUGUACGGGAGGCGGAAAGUGAGAAUAUCAUCUCAAGCCCGAGAGAAUACCAAACCGAAUUAUUUGAAAGAGCUAAACAAAAAAAUAUCAUCGCCGUCCUAGAUACUGGAACUGGCAAGACGCUUAUUGCCGCUCUUCUACUCCGUCAUACCAUUGAGCAGGAGCUUGAAGACAGGAGUGCUGGCAAACCACCUAGAAUUUCCUUCUUUCUGGUCGAUAAAGUUGCAUUAGUUCUUCAACAAUAUGAAGUCCUAAAAGCUAAUCUUGAUCAUCCUGUCAAACGGUUUCAUGGCGAUGCUGGAGGGUUUUCCCUCGGCUAUGAUGACUGGCAGCAAAGGAUAGAAGAAAACAUGGUUAUUGUUUGUACGGCAGAUAUUCUCCUUUCAUGCCUCCACCAUUCGUUCAUCAAGAUGGAACGUAUCAACCUCCUAGUCUUCGAUGAAGCUCACCACACCAAGAAGAAUCACCCAUACGCCAGAAUCAUCAAAGACUUUUACGCAAUAUUAGAGGAAGGCGAUCACAUACGACCCAGGAUUCUAGGCAUGACCGCGUCCCCCGUAGACGCCAAAACAGAUGUGACUUCCGCCGCCGCCAAGCUUGAGGGACUUUUACAUAGCGAAAUAGCUACCGUGGCAGAUUUCUCGGUCUUCGCCAAGUCAUCCAUCAACAGGCCAACAGAAAGUGUGAUUAAAUACAGCAUGCCACAGGAGCCCUUUGAAACUCCUCUCUGGCAUAGGUUAUACAAAAUGGUCGGCCAAAACGAGGUCUUUAAAAGGCUGUUUACCUACUCUAGAAAUUGUACUACAGAGAUGGGUCGGUGGUGUGCAGACCGACUCUGGAAAUUAUGCUUAACAGAGCAAGAAACCCAUAAAUUAGAGGCGAAAACCGAGAGAAACUUCAUGGAUAGAAGAGUGCAGGCACCUAUUGCUGCUCUUGAUGUGGAGAGGUUUGCGGUUCGGGAGGCAUGCCGAAUGGUAGCCAACCAUAUAUUACCUGAGCCCCGGAAAGAUCCUCUCUACUUGUCCAACAAAGUUGAAUCACUCAUUGAGACACUGCAGGAGCACUUUGACCCAUCUAGCGACAAGUGCAUCAUAUUCGUGGAACAACGCCUUACUGCGUUGUUGCUCGCUGACCUUCUCAAACAUCCGAGUAUUGAUAUGCCUUAUAUGAAGGUUGGCAUGUUGUUAGGGGUGGGUAACGACUCUGGAGAAAUUGGCAUGAGUUUGAAAGACCAAUUUGUGGUUAUGCACCGGUUUCGAAACCGCGAUCUAAACUGCAUCUUCGCCACCAGCGUUGGCGAAGAAGGUAUCGAUAUCCCCGACUGCAAUAUCAUCAUUCGUUUUGAUCCUUGCAAAACCAUGAUCCAAUACAUUCAGUCGAGGGGUCGGGCACGGCGCAAAGACUCUAAGUUUUUCCACAUGAUUGAACGCUCUAAUCAAGGACAGCUCCAGUCUGUCUUUGACAACGAAGAUAGCGAAGCGCGACUUCGUAAGUUUUAUAAUACGUUAUCGGAAGACCGACUCCUUACUGGUAGCGAUUACAACAUGGACUACUUCCUAUCUCGGGAGAAGAGCCAUCGCACAUACAUUGUACCUUCGACGGGCGCGAAAUUGACUUAUAAAAUCAGCCUUGUGAUCCUGGCCAACUUUGUCUCCACUCUACCACGACCAUUAGAUGCCAUCUAUACUCCAGAUUACAUAGUGAGGACCAUUGGACGAGAAUUUCAGUGUGAAGUUCUUCUUCCAGACUCCUCCCCUAUCAAAAGUGCUAUUGGGCAACGUGCUGACUCCAAACAAGUCGCUAGGUGCUCGGCCGCUUUUGAGAUGUGCCUCCUAUUGAAAAAGAAGAAAUACUUAGACGAUUAUUUACAGUCGACGUUCACUAAAAAGCUUCCUACUAUGCGCAAUGCACAUUUGGCUAUUAGCUCGAAGAAGCGAGCUGAAUAUCCCAUGCGCACCAAGCCUCGGAUAUGGGAGAACCGAGGUAUGCCGACAAGGUUAUUUAUAACAGCAUUGAGGAUGGUUUCCCCAGAAGCCAUGGGGAGAGCUUCAAGGCCGCUGGCUAUUCUCACCCGGGAACCUCUCCCACAGAUAGCAAGGUUCCCUCUAUUUUUCGAUGACCAGCGUUCCUCGGAUGUGGAAUGUGUGUCCUUGACCUGUGCCUUCGAAACAACGCCAGAACAAAUUGAGCAGCUCACUCAUUUCAUGCUCAGGAUAUUUGAUGAUGUAUUCAGUAAGGAGUAUCGUUCGGAGCCAGAGAAGAUGCCUUACUUCAUCGCGCCCCUUAUACAUGGCCACAAAUUUGACUUCGCUCGUAUUAGUGAGAAUACCCACAGUUUAAUCGACUGGGAGUGUCUCUCAGCGAUUCAAAAUUCUCCAAGGUCUCUUGAUUGGGAAAAUCAGCCUGAUGAAUUCUUCGAAAGGAGGUAUGUUGUCGACCCCCACGACGGCUCACGUAAAUUCUAUACAACUCGCCGCCGUAAGGACCUCAAACCGACCGACCCGGAGCUCCCUGGGGUUCCCAAGAAACAGGGGAAUAGGAGAGUUACACGGGAGUCAUCAAAGGACAUUUGGAACUUCAGUAUCAGUUUAUGGUCGAAGUCGCGCGCUAAAUUGGUGAUGCGUGAUGACUUACCCGUCGUGGAAGCUGAAUAUAUUCCACUCCGACGAAAUCUCCUAGACGAGCUCGACAAGCCCGUGGAUGUGCAAAGAAGAUGUUUCAUAAUCUUCGAGACUUUGAAGUUGUCCGCAUUACCUGUAGAUAUAGUCGCUAUGGCGUACAAUUUACCGGCCACGAUAUAUCGAAUAGAGACCAGCCUUAUCGUACUAGAAGCUUGCGAGUCUCUGUCUCUAAACAUUCGACCUGAUCUUGCCCUUGAGGCGAUGACUAAGGAUAGCGACAACACUGAAGAACACUCAGAAGAGCAGGUCAAUAUCCAACGAGGCAUGGGGGAGAACUAUGAGCGUCUUGAAUUCCUCGGCGACUCAUUUUUGAAGAUGAGCACGACAAUUGGUCUAUUUUCCCAGAUUCCAGAUAGCAACGAGUUCGAGUACCACGUCAACCGCAUGGUACUCAUUUGCAACAAGAACCUUUUUAAUAAUGCGCUCGAACUAAAACUCGAGGAAUCAAUCCGUUCUAAGGGAUUUAACCGACGAACGUGGUAUCCAGACGGUCUUGAUCUACUCAGAGGCAAGCAGAAUACUAGCAUUCAGGGGAAGAAGGGUGCUGGUCGAGGAGUUCACAACCUGGCAGAUAAGUCAAUUGCUGACGUCUGUGAGGCACUCAUUGGGGCAUCUUAUUUAACAACGUAUGAACAGGGUAGUUUUGACUUGGCUAUCCAGGCCGUGACGAAAUUCGUCAACCAUAAAAACCACAAGAUGAUGGAAUAUGGGGACUACUACGCGGCGUAUGAAGUUCCGGAAUGGCAAAGCGCUGAACCUACAGCCGUUCAGCGGGAUGUAGCCAAGCAGAUCGAAGCAAAACUUGGUUACAAGUUCACUUAUCCACGUCUGCUACGUAGCGCCUUCAUGCACCCAUCAUAUGGCACAAUUUACGAGCGCAUCCCAAACUAUCAAAGGCUGGAGUUUCUCGGCGAUUCAUUGCUCGAUAUGGUUUGCGUCGACUUCCUGUUUCACCGAUAUCCGGGUGCAGAUCCGCAGUGGCUGACUGAACACAAAAUGGCCAUGGUGUCGAAUCAAUUUUUAGGUUGCCUUUGCGUCUCCCUCGGUCUGCAAAAACACAUGCUUUCUAUGACCACUAGUCUACAAAAUGAAAUUACAGAAUACGUGAUCGUGAUAACGGAGGCUCGUCAAAAGGCGGAAGAAGACGCCGAGUCUGCUAAUCUCGGACGUGCAGCAUACGCGAAAAACUUUUGGGUCGAAGUGCAAAAACCACCUAAAGCGCUCCCCGAUCUCGUGGAGUCGUACAUCGGCGCCCUCUUCGUCGACAGUAAAUUCAACUAUGGCCAAGUCCAGCGCUUCUUUGAAACGCAUAUUCAACCAUAUUUUGAGGACAUGCAUCUUUACGAUACGUUCGCCAACCGACACCCGGUUACGUUCUUGGCGAAUAUGCUAUCGCUGCAUUUCCGCUGUGCAAACUGGCGUCUCAUGAUCCAGGAAAUCGGCAUGGAGGAUGCACCAAUAGGCCAUUCGCAAGUGCUUUGUGGCGUUAUGAUCCAUGGUCAGGUCCGCGAACACGCUACCGCUAGUAGUGGUCGAUCGGCCAAGAUUGCGGCUGCGAAGAAGAUCAUGAAGAGGUUGGCGGAGAUAAGUGUGGAGGAAUAUAAGAAGGAACACGGAUGUACCUGCUUGCCCAAGGAUGUUGAGAAUUCGGAUCUCCUGGAACAUGCUACGGCUAUCUAAGGAGGAGGACACCGGAGGAUAUACCCACAAAGGUGCAUAUUGACGCUUUUAAAAGCUUACGUGUAAUGAUAAUGUAGCCGUAAAUAACCACGAAAUGCGAAGAUUUUA